AUGCAACCAUGUGAAAUCAAGAGCAACUUUGAGAGAGUAGAGGCUGCAAUAGCACAACUAUCAUCACAGCUUAUAGGAGCCAUCUCCAUCCUCUUGGAGAGACAAACACAGGCUGAAAGAAAGAUAGACACCAAUAAAGAAGAAUACAGAUCAAAUCUAAAGAAUCAAGGCACAUCAAUCUCAAAGCUGGAAGCACAAGUAGGGAUUUUAUCCAAGCAAAUCCCAAUGCCCACACAUACAUUUCCCAAUGAUACCAUGGCCAACCCAAGAGGGCAGUGCAAGGCCAUCACACUUAAAAGUGGGAAAGUUGUAGAAGAAGCAACCCCGAGCCAGGGUAACCAUGAAGAAGAAGCUAUAGAGAAGCAUGGAAACAACAAUAAAGAAGAGAUCCCUGCCCCAUCCUCACCAAAGCCAAUCUUGAAGCCUUAUGUACCAAAGGCACCACAUCCUCAGAGGCUGAGGAAAGAUGGGAAGGAUGGCCAAUUCUCUAGAUUCUUAGAGAUCUUCAAAAAACUCCAAAUCAACAUACCAUUUGCUGAAGCAUUGGAGCAAAUGCCGCUUUAUGCCAAAUUUUUGAAGGAACUCAUGACAAUAAAAAGAAAUUGGGAAGAAAAGGAGACCAUAAUGCUAACUGAGGAGUAUAGUGCAAUCAUACAAAAGAAGCUCCCUCAGAAAAUGAAAGACCUAUGGGAGUUUCCCUUGUGUGAUUUGGGAGCUAGCAUCAACCUAAUGUCCCUAACCAUGAUGAGGAGGGUGAAGAUUGAGGAAGCCAAGCCAAGAAGAAUGGCACUCCAAUUGGCUGACAGAACAUUCAAGUUUCCACAUGUGGUAGUCGAAGACUUGUUGGUGAAGGUGGGAGAAUUUAUUUUCCCAGCUAACUUUGUUGUGCUGGAUAUGGAAGAAGAGGCUAACACAUCAAUCAUCCUCGAAGGCCAUUUCUAG